ACAAGGCGGCAGCAUGGCGAGGAGGCGUCUUGUUCACCUGGCGGCGGCGCUGCUGCUGAUGACUCUUCCUGAGAUCGACUCCACGGCGCUCAAAUGGGUCAACCAUCACGCCGAUUACCAGCCAGAUUCACAACUGGACAUUAUGAGGUAUGCAAAAGAGAGAACACAUCACGAUAAGGAAUGGGAGCGAUUGGGUAACAAAGCAAGGGCAAAUGAAACAAGCGAAACUGUCCUUAUCACGGCUUAUGAAAAACAGCUGAGGCAUAUGACACACUUCAGACAUCUCCUGAAAACCUUAGUCAAUACCAAGAAUAAAAAGUCCUGGCAGGAACUUUUUGAUGCAUCUACAGCCUUGACAACACAACUUCAUGACCUCAAUCGAAAACUAAGCAAGGCCGUACGAGGAAUUCGUAUCUCAUCUCGAAGUUGCCCUGAAAUGGACACAGAUAUAUUAAAACUGGACGUCAAAUAUGCGGAAGAUGUUAGUCGAGGCAUGGAAGGAGGAUUAUACUUGGAUAUCAGUACAGCAACACGAAAUGCUGACGGAUGUGUUAGCAAAAAGGAUUUCUUAAAGAUGCUGCCAGCAAUAAGGGAAAGAGAGAUUACCACCGAGGAUCCAUGUGUGACAAUAACAACGUGCACAACCACGCCACGACCAAUCUUCACAAGUACCACGACAACUUACCACACUGAUACCUCGCUAAGCAGUACUACCCCUCAGCCUUCACAAGAAUCAACACAAUUCACUGAAUCCACUGCGACAACAGAGCAGAGACAGUCCACUUCACAUGGUCCGGGAUCAACUUCACCGAGGCCAACAACAGAGUCUACUGAUGUUACGACUAUUGUCACUGUGACGACUGUUCCAGGGGGAGAAAGUUCCACGGAAGGCACAGAAGAAAGCACCAUGCCGGGGACAAGUACAAAUACGGAGACAGAAACAGAAAAGUCAACUACAAAGAUUCCAGCUUCCACAACGUCUGAAGUAACAACAGAAUCGGUAGAGGUAUCUGAAACCAUUAGCGGAACUCAAACAACGGAAAAACAAUCGAGUGAAGAAACGACUGAAAGUGAGAGUACCGAAAAGACCCCUCAGGUCACAGAGCAAUCAUUAUCCACAGGAGGCUCUACUUCUACCGUUGGUGUUACUACGACUACUGCCUAUGUGACGGACAGUUCAGGUAAAGUAAGUACCACAGAUGGCUCAGGACUAGAAAUAAGUACAAAUACGGAGACAGAACCAACAACUCAAACAACAACGGAAGAAAAAUCGAGUGAGGAAACGACUGAAAGUGGGGGUACUGGAACGACCUCUCAGGUCACCGGCCAAUCAUCCUCCACAGGAGGGGUUACUUCAACAGGGGGUAUCAGUACUACUGUCUCUGUGACAACUGCUACAGGAAAAACAACUUCCACUCAAAGCUCAGAAGAAACUACUAGGCCAGGGACAAGUACAAAUACGAACACAGAGACAUCUACUAAGGGUCCUGGUUCCACAGCAUCUGAAGGAACAACAGGGUCUUCAGAAACCACUGUCGGAACUGAAACAACGCCAGAAGUUUCGAGUGAGGUAACGACUGAAAGUGGGAGUACAGGAACGACCCCUCAAGUAACAGAGGAAUCCUCAUCCACAGGAGGGGUUACUUCAACAGGAGGUGUCAGUACUACUGGCUCUGUGACAACGCCUACAGGUAGAAUAACUUCCACUCAAAUCUCAGAAGAAACUACUACACCAGGGACUAGUACAAAUAUGGAGACAGAGACAUCUACUAAGGGUCCUGGUUCCACAGCAUCUGAAGGAACAACAGGGUCUUCAGAAACCACUGUCGGAACUGAAACAACGCCAGAAGAAUCGAGUGAGGUAACGACUGAAAGUGGGAGUACAGGAACGACCCCUCAAGUAACAGAGGAAUCCUCAUCCACAGGAGGGGUUACUUCAACAGGAGGUGUCAGUACUACUGGCUCUGUGACAACGCCUACAGGUAGAAUAACUUCCACUCAAAUCUCAGAAGAAACUACUACACCAGGGACUAGUACAAAUAUGGAGACAGAGACAUCUACUAAGGGUCCUGGUUCCACAGCGUCUGAAGGAACAACAGGGUCUUCAGAAACCACUGUCGGAACUGAAACAACGCCAGAAGAAUCGAGUGAGGUAACGACUGAAAGUGGGAGUACAGGAACGACCCCUCAAGUAACAGAGGAAUCCUCAUCCACAGGAGGGGUUACUUCAACAGGAGGUGUCAGUACUACUGGCUCUGUGACAACUGCUACAGGUAGAAUAACUUCCACUCAAAGCUCAGAAGAAACUACUAGGCCAGGGACAAGUACAAAUACGAACACAGAGACAUCUACUAAGGGUCCUGGUUCCACAGCAUCUGAAGGAACAACAGGAUCUUCAGAAACCACUGUCGGAACUGAAACAACGCCAGAAGUUUCGAGUGAGGUAACGACUGAAAGUGGGAGUACAGGAACGACCACUCAAGUAACAGAGGAAUCCUCCUCCACAGGACGGGUUACUUCAACAGGAGGUGUCAGUACUACUGGCUCUGUGACAACGCCUACAGGUAGAAUAACUUCCACUCAAAUCUCAGAAGAAACUACUACACCAGGGACUAGUACAAAUAUGGAGACAGAGACAUCUACUAAGGGUCCUGGUUCCACAGCAUCUGAAGGAACAACAGGGUCUUCAGAAACCACUGUCGGAACUGAAACAACGCCAGAAGUUUCGAGUGAGGUAACGACUGAAAGUGGGAGUACAGGAACGACCCCUCAAGUAACAGAGGAAUCCUCAUCCACAGGAGGGGUUACUUCAACAGGAGGUGUCAGUACUACUGGCUCUGUGACAACGCCUACAGGUAGAAUAACUUCCACUCAAAUCUCAGAAGAAACUACUACACCAGGGACUAGUACAAAUAUGGAGACAGAGACAUCUACUAAGGGUCCUGGUUCCACAGCGUCUGAAGGAACAACAGGGUCUUCAGAAACCACUGUCGGAACUGAAACAACGCCAGAAGAAUCGAGUGAGGUAACGACUGAAAGUGGGAGUACAGGAACGACCCCUCAAGUAACAGAGGAAUCCUCAUCCACAGGAGGGGUUACUUCAACAGGAGGUGUCAGUACUACUGGCUCUGUGACAACUGCUACAGGUAGAAUAACUUCCACUCAAAGCUCAGAAGAAACUACUAGGCCAGGGACAAGUACAAAUACGGAGACAGAGACAUCUACUAAGGGUCCUGGUUCCACAGUAUCUGAAGGAACAACAGGGUCUUCAGAAACCACUGUCGGAACUGAAACAACGCCAGAAGAAUCGAGUGAGGUAACGACUGAAAGUGGGAGUACAGGAACGACCCCUCAAGUAACAGAGGAAUCCUCAUCCACAGGAGGGGUUACUUCAACAGGAGGUGUCAGUACUACUGGCUCUGUGACAACUGUUACAGGUGGACGAACUUCCACUCAAAGCUCAGAAGAAACUACUAGGCCAGGCACAAGUACAAAUACGGAGACAGAGACAUCCACUAAGGGUCCUGGUUCCACAUCAUCUGAAGGAACAACAGGGUCUUCAGAAACCACUGUCGGAACUGAAACAACGCCAGAAGAAUCGACUGAGGUAGAAUAA